UGGGCACCAGAUUCUCCCUCUCUGUCUCAACCAAUUCCCUCACAUGCCAUUUCUCUCUCUCUCUCUCUCUCUCUCUCAAUUUCGUUCGGCAAUCAACAUGACAUAAGACAAUUCUACAAUUGAAAAAAGAAGCAAAUUAAGACAAAAAAUCAAUGGCCUGUCUUUAUUUUUAUGAAAACUUUAAUAGAGCUUGUGUUCACACGCAAUUGCAACAGCCUUUUAGCCAAUGAGAAUCACAAAAUACACCACUGCAAUUUGCAACUGAACACCACCUCCCUUCUUUAUGAAGGAGUUACGGUUUACCCUUUUCAGCUGUUCGUCCCCAUUGAUUCCCCUGAACGCUCCUCCCCUUCAGCCUGCAGAUGGAGGGUGAUGAAGAUGAUCGUCUCUGUAUCUCCUUCCCUAUUUAUGGGUUUGUGAUCACCAGAGCUGCAAACUGGGGUUUCUGAUUAUGAUUGUCAGAGCGAAAGGGGACAUAAGGCCUCUUAUGUUGAAACUCGGUGUGGCUUUAGCUAUAUCCUUUGCUGGGUUUAUUUAUUUUCGCCUCAAGACCGGAUGGAUGAAGCCCUCCGAGAAUCGUCCCUCCCCACGGUCUUCGGAUAAUGACAAUCUGAUUGAUUCGAGAGAAAGAAGGGGGGUCAAGGAUGAUCUUCUUGCCUUACAACCUCCACGCAGCUCGUGCAAUUUUGUAGCGGAAAAUCAGGGAGAUGCAAGUCUUCCAAAGGCCGCAGUUGAUAAUUCAAUGGUUGAUCUCUCACCAAGCAGUAGACAUAGAGAAGACAAGAAGUUCCUCUUGCCAGAGUUUGAUGAGCUUGUCAAAGAAUUUGACGUAGCCUCUGCCUGUGCUGGGUGUCCUCCUUCAUGGAAGGAUGUUGAAACACCUAAGGCAGAAGCAGAAAUGCCAAGAGUCUUUAGAAGCACCAAUAAGGAUGAUUAUGAGCAAGAGAUUAGGCACCUGAGGAACAUGGUCAGGAUAUUAAGUGAGAGGGAGAGGAGCCUUGAAAUCCAACUGCUUGAGUAUUAUGGUCUCAAAGAACAGGAGACUGCUGUCAUGGAGCUCCAAAACCGGUUGAAGAUAAACAGUGUGGAGGCUAAGCUCUUUACUCUAAAGAUUGAGUCUUUGCAGGCAGAUAAUCGAAGAUUAGAGGCACAGGUAGCUGAUUAUGCAAAAGUUGUGGCUGAGCUUGAGGCUGCACGGGCUAAAAUAAAGUUUCUGAAGAAGAAACUUAGAUCUGAUGCGGAACAAAACCAGGAACAAAUCUUAAUGCUCCAGAAAAGAGUUGCAAAGUUGGUAGACCAAGAACACAAGGUUCCUGCUAACAAUGCAGAAGUACAAAUGAAGCUGCGAAGGCUAGGGAAUUUGGAGGAUGAGGGAAAUGAGUUGAGGAAGUCUAAUAUGAGACUGCAGCUAGAAAAUUCAGAAUUGGCUGAUAGGUUAGAGUCUACCCAACUCCUUGCAACUUCUGUUUUGGAAGAUUCAGAGGCACAAGAGUGGAAGGAACAGACUCGGCAAUUGAGGGAGGAAAAUGAAUGUUUAGCAAAGGAAAAUGAGCGACUCCAAGCAGACCGGUGUGCUGAUGUUGAAGAACUAGUCUAUCUCCGAUGGAUAAAUGCGUGCUUACGGUUUGAGCUGAGGAAUUAUCAGCCCCCACCGGGUAAAACGGUUGCAAGGGACCUAAGCAAGUCCUUGAGCCCCAAGUCAGAAGAGAAAGCUAAGCAGCUAAUUCUUGAGUAUGCAAACACUGAAGGGAUGGGUGAAAAGGGGUUCGAUAGUCCUGAUUUUGAUUCAGGCCGGUGGUCGUCCUCUCAAGCUUCUUAUCUAACAGAUUCUGGCGAGCCCGACGAAACGUCUAUCGACUAUUCAUCUGCUAACAGGACCAACACCUCAAGUAAAAUGAAAUUCUUUAACAAGCUUAGGAGGCUUAUUCAGGGGAAAGGCAGUCAUCGUCUCAGCCCGGCUUCAUCACUUGAUAGAAUUGCAUCAGAGGAACCUGGGGCAGCAGCAUCUUCUUGUACCUCCCCUCGGUUACGUUCAUCUCUUUCGAUCGGAAGUGAUGGUCAGGGAAACAGAAUCACAUCUCCAUCCCAGGAUUCAUCUAGACUUUCUUUGGACAUUCAAAGAUCGAGGAACAACUUAGAAGAUAUGAAGGAUUUAGAAAGCAACAGUAGGAAAAGUGAUGUGGGUUCACCAUCUAUUUACAAGACCUUAGUUUUGGGUGGAGCUGCCACUAAUUUGUCUCAAGAAAAUCAGAUUGAUCAGGACCCAAAUUCAUUGCAGAAAUCUGAAUUGCUGAAAUAUGCAGAAGUCUUGAAGGACAGUCGAGGAAGGACACGAAAAUUACACAGGAAAUCAGCUUCAUUUAGCUCCUAUUGACAUUUAGAAAUGUAUAAUAGCUUUAGAAUUCUCAUACCCUCAUCGCCUAGUUUGUGUACAUAAAACACUUGAAUCAAAAGUCUUGAACAGACUAAAAUCACAGUUCUAUGUGGAAUAAUGAAGCCAGAUAAAUAGUAAUGUUUAUACUGUUAUAGUA